AAGCCAUUUUGUUCGAGGAGCCUGUAGUAACAGCUUCAGCCAAACACUCUUUCUUCGCUCUGCUCCUGGUACCAGCGACGGCGGCCGCCCGGCCAGCAGAGACCACUGCAUCUAAAAUGCACAGAACUACUCGGAUCAAAAUUACAGAGCUGAACCCUCAUCUGAUGUGUGCCCUGUGCGGGGGAUAUUUUAUAGACGCCACAACAAUCAUAGAAUGUCUACACUCAUUUUGUAAAACUUGUAUCGUUCGCUACUUGGAGACCAACAAGUAUUGUCCCAUUUGUGAUGUACAGGUGCACAAAACUAGACCCCUCCUUAGCAUUAGGGCUGACAAAACAUUACAAGAUAUAGUCUAUAAAUUAGUUCCAGGGCUUUUCAAAGAUGAAAUGAAGAGACGGAGGGACUUCUACGCAGCCCAUCCCUCGGCAGAUGUCACGAAUGGUUCGAACGAAGACCGCGGGGAAGUUACAGAAGAAGAAAAAAGAAUUAUCACAGACGAUGAAAUCAUUAGUUUGUCCUUAGAGUUUUAUGAAGGCAACAAAUCAGAAAAGAAAGAGGUCCCACAGACUGAGGAAACAGACAAGACUAACAGCGUCCGGUAUCUGCGGUGUCCAGCCGCAAUGACGGUGAUGCAUUUGGGAAAAUUUCUCCGGAAUAAAAUGGAUAUUCCCAGCAAUUUUCGAAUUGACGUUAUGUAUGAAGACGAACCUCUUAAAGAUUACUACACACUUAUGGAUAUAGCGUAUAUUUAUACAUGGAGACGGAAUGGUCCCUUGCCCCUGAAGUACAAGGUUCAACCUGCCUGCAAGAGGUUAAAACUCAGCCAUCCCAAUGAGGACUUCGCCAAUACCAGUAUGAACUCGGAGAGUGACUCUGUGAGUGACAAAGGCAGUCCAGCCGCCGUUCCUUCCACGUCCUCUUCACUGCCAAGCCCUGGUACGCCCGCACUCUCUCCCAAUCCUCAGUACCCAGUCGCUGCUGCCUCGGUCGUGAACGGGAACACAAACUGUCACCAGAUGCUUCCGUCUGUUCUCAGAGGCCGCAAAGUGACUGUUAACGGCUCGGCAGCUCCCGCCUCCUGCUGAAAUCUGGAACGGCCGAAUUAAUGUCAAACAACAAGGAAAAGGAAGUCGCCUGUAUAAUAUACACCGCGCUGCCAGGAUCGAGCUGGCCGCCGGCCCCUUUAUUAAAUGUAAUAUAUAUAUUCUGUUUAGCAAUAUGGUUAUUGUCAGAAACAUUUGUAUCCCCCCCCCCCCCCACACAGCUUUUUAAAUGUAAAUGGCCAACAUGCACCUCCAGGUUAUGGUCCCAGACGAUCUGGACGCCCAUUGCCUCGACUUGCAGAUAUCGAGUACAGUCGAUUCCUCUUAAGUGAAGCAACAUUGGCCGCGCCUACAGUUUGCCACCACACGUGUUCGCUGAAACAUCAGGCGAUGUGGGUUUCUCCUUUAAAAGAAAAUUGCCUUAAAUCAGUCUCAUCAGUUCCAGUUGUUAAAAGGAAGCAGUUCCCUUCCAACCAGUGUUGUGACGCGUGAUAUCGUUUGAAUCAAUCUCAUGCGCUUUGAUGGUAUUUGUAAACGAUUAAAAUUGACCAGUAAUAGGAGCGUUGAGUGUUGGAAAAUACAACACUCAAUAGGAAUGAUAUAGGGAGACUUUUUUUCUCUCGCUCAUGUGUCGAUAAAACAUCAGGAAAACGCGCCCUGAAAUACUUGUAUGCCUGUGAAGUCGCUGUGAGGUUUUCAACGUUGGUGGAACGCGAAGUUGCUCAGAGACGUUUGUCUCCUAAUUCCAUUUUUGCAUUUCUGGAGAAAACUUAAAUCAGUUUAUUUUUUCCAGUCGGUUGGACAUGUCCGUUCUCUUCAAUGUUUUUGUGUUAAUGUUGUCUGUGAGUUUGUGUGUUGUGGGCCUGAGGAGAGAGCGUCCUUUGAGCCAUAGUUGGACUGUAGUUGCGCCAUAGUCGAGCUGUUGUUGAGUUGCCGUACAUUUCUGAUUCCAGUUAUCAGAAAAAGGGCGGAAUCUCGGAGAAAUCCACCUUCAGCCCUGAACAGAGAAACUCUUUCAGAACACCUUGUCAUAUUCUUUCACCAGCCACGAAAAUAGGAGUUGUUUUUUGGAGGGGGAAGGGAAAUUCUCUUCCCAUAGGAGCUUUUCCAAGCAAACUCUCCACUGCCUUUGGAAGUCCCAUUCACGUGGACAUUUUUCAUUCUUCCUACUUUCCUACGAGGUUCCUGCAAUCUCUUCAGAAGCUUAGGUUAUAAGCACAAGGAGUAGAUUCAGGUACAGAUAAGCUACAAAUAUUACUCGCUAUACUUUGAAUGAAAUAUGUACAGAAUUCUGAAUAACCUGGUUAGACACUAUUGGUAGAAGCGGAUGAGAUUAGAAUCAUACUUGCAAAUACCGCGGUUAUAGAUAGAGAGACUUUUGUUCGGUAAUUCAACAAGAAUGGUCUCUUUCUGCUUUGCAUUCGAAUACUUUUGUUUAAGGUGACAGCCACAAUCAAAUAUUUAUUGCAAAAAUAAUUGGACUAAUUCUAAACAAACUGGUGUUGUCUGCUCAACACAAGUGGUGACUUUAAAAACAACCUCAAUUAACUGGAGUCGACUGUACAAUUUAGCAUUUCAAUGCUUACAUUUUCUUAGUUUGAUGUGUGUGUGUGUGUGUGUGUGUGUGUGUGUGUGUGUGAGAGAGAGAGAGAGAGAGAGAGAAGCAAUUGUGAGUAUGUGCGAAUGAACAUGAGAUGAAAAUUCUUUCCCUCUAACGAUUUGCUACCGACAGAAUAGCACAAACGAAAUGAGUUCAGAUGGAAUAUUGUUUCAUAAAUUUUAUUUUAUGUUUUGAUAAACCUAUUAAAUCAUUCUAGAAUUGUAUUUACUUUAAUUAUAAACAUCUUCCCAUGUUUCAGAAUAACUUUUCGAUUGUAGAAUGGGGAAUGAUGUGACAGCCAUCCCU